UUGAUUGUGAGAAUGGACGGGAUAUGAUGUCAUGGUUUCGUUUCAUGUUAGAUUGCCUUUGGUAGAAUGCACGUAUGUAAACAGCUCCAAACACAUGGGAAGUAGCUGCUGUAAUUCAGUGCUAUAGAAAAUAAGUGCUAAAAGAACGAAAGGAUUACCUGCCUUCGAUAAAUAAGCAAUGUAUUCGAAUUUGGAGAAAACCCCGAGGCAUUUAUUAGUGUGUGAGAAAUCAAAUUUCACGAACGAGAAAUCACGACAUGGUAUCCACGUGGAGAACCACUAUUUUAACUACAGAGUGUCUGUUUUAAUUCCAGAGUGUGGGGCCCUUCCUGCUUGUCUAAGUACUGUUGGCAGUAGCUUUGGAAAGUAUUACCUGGUGAAGAACUUACCAAUUUAUGAAAUUGUGGAACAGCAGUUUCUUGAUCUGUGUGUGAAAAAGGGUUCUUUCUAUGCUUUAUCAUAUAACACACGAAUAGACCAAGACAAUUCAGCUGCCCUGAUACCAGCAGGUAAACUCAUAUUAUCAGUUGAUAAGGACACAUAUGAAGAACUUGGUCUGGAAGGACAGCAAUCUCAGUACUCUCACAAAGCAGUUAUGAGACACAUUAUUACCAUUGAUCUCACUGAUGCAUCCUUUGCUCCUGGCACAAACAAAUAUAAGAGAGUGGUCUGGGCUCUAAAGGAGAAGAAGCCACUUACGUGUGACUUCUUGAUGGCAUGGCACCCCUCAGGUGAGGGAGAUUUCAGCUUGUCCUCUUACUUUGCAAAGUACCAGUGUAAGGAACACACUCCUUCAAUAUCAACAAAGAUACUGAGAGACAUUCCAAGUCCAGUCAUAAAGAGCAGUGAAUUGAAAGGCAAACCAGAGGAAUCCUGCGAUUCUCAAGAAUUCUUGGACUGGCUAGGUGCAGCAUCAGCUGAUAUUGACUGCAAUAAUGAAGCAUCAAGCUUCCUAUCUACCUACUGCUGUCCAGAGCCGAGCGUUGUGAUGGGUCAAGCUUGCCUUUGGACUGUUACUGGUUUCCUUUUACCUGAGAAGAUUUACCUGUUACUGGAACAGCUACGGCACUAUUUCGAUGAGCCUAAGCUUGCCUACUGGACCACUCUGACUGUACAUGGCUUUGCAGACAGCCCGGUGUCCUGGGGUGUCACCGAGCAUGGAUUUCAUAAAGGAGGAGAGAACUUCUACAAUUUUGUUAUUUUUAGAAACCAUGACUAUUGGCUUCAAAUGGCAGUGGGGACACAGGAUGGGUGCCCGCCUUGAAACCCACCAAACAGGCAAAUAGUUUAAAUACAGUAGCACUAGUAACUGACACAGAGAUGAAAAGAGAAAUGGAGAACUAAACAUUUAAAGCUGUUGCUGUUUUUCAGAUUAAAGAAGUUGGAGCUUCCUGGGUCAGCAGUGUUGUGCUUGUCUCAUGUGUUUAUAUACUGCUUAUGCUACAUACAAAGUGAAAAAUAAACCAGAUUUGGGCCAAUUGUUGCUUUUUUAUUUUUUUUAAACCCCCCAAUAUCUUGAUAGUCUUGCUAUGCUGGAUAGAUAACCGUACUGAAAUGUCAAGAUUCAGUGUGAUAAGUUAUUUCAGCUGCAGUGAUAAUUAAUGUUGUUUUCUUGUACCAUGUUAAAAAAUCCACUAUGUAAAUGUUUCUUGACCAAAUGAUCAGUCUAAAAAAAUUAACUUUACAUACUGUAGUGUGCAAUUAAAAAUGGGUGCAAAUUUACAUUGUAUAGAGCCAACAGCAUUACAUUCUGUUCUUUUUUUUUUUUUUUUAUUUCUUAGCAACCAUAAAUGAGGAUAGUUUCAUGAGUCACCCACACUCAUACACAUACUUCAUCUACUGAAUUACCAUAUUUGAAACAAACUUGUUUAAACAAUUUAAAAAUCUGGUUUGGUGGAAAGGCACAAAAUGUUCUUUUAGUAUACAGAGCUAGCAAGUAAAACUGAGUACAGGUAGAUAAUAGUGAAAAAAAAAAAAAAAAACAGCCUUACCACAACUCAGUUGAUAUAAUAAAAAGUUAAGGGUUCUUUGAACAACUUUUCUUAACAUUAGAGUGGUAGAGAAACCUGAUACUACAUUUCAUUUCCUUAUGGAUAGCACCUCAAUUUGAAGAACUUGUAUAAAAUUCGCUGUGCACGAAUUUACAGCAUUUCCCUAUCCCAUUCUGAAAAUUAGUUUUAAAAAUAUAUCUUAAACUUGGAUAUUUUGUUGCCGCUGACCCUAUCUGUGUCUGUUCUUUGCCCCGCCUGCUGCCACCGGUCCCACCCCCCUACGCAGCUAUGUGAUCUGAGGCAGUAUUUAUAAAUGCAUCUCAACAAUUCCUGCCGUACCUUUCUCUCCACAUAAAUUUGUCCAGGUAAAAUGGUAUCAUCUCGUUUGCUGUGGCUUGUAUUGUUUUAAAUUGUUUCUUAACACAGGCCCAGUAGUUAUCCACAUUGUCUAGCCGUAAACUGCAAAGUUAGUUUAACAGCAGAUUCAUUUGUGCUAUGCCAUGAUGAAAACGGACAGUAAUAUUUUACUUUAAAAUGUAAUUAACAAACCAAGAAUUACAAGUAUAAUAAAUCAAAAAGAAAAACUGCACUUUCGAUGGCAAUGUCAACAUCUAUAAACCGCUUUUUUCUUCUAAUUAACACUUUU